AUGGAGUGUUUGCACGGAAAAGCUGCUUCCAAUUCAACUACAGACAAGGGUUCCUUUUGGUUUUGUGGACAGAAGCCCAGCUGUGGAUUUCUAUGUACAGAAGAGGACGGUUAUCUGUUCCAGACAGCUCUGACAGCUUGGAGAGUCACAGGUUUGACGCAGCCGAUAUGUGAGAGUCACCGAAAGCCCGCGAAGUUUCGUGUAGUUAAAGACAUGCUGAAAAUGUCUUAUGGGCGACCGUAUUUUACGUGUGCAAGUCGGGAGAAGCCUUGCUCCUUAUGGAUGUGGGCAGAUGAGAAAGAAAUCGAGAAACCGAAUUGCUAUCACAACGAACCAUGUGCCGUGAAGCGAGUCAAGAAACAAGGUCCCAAUACGGGUAAAAAGUUCUUCUGUUGCUGCAACGAAAACCGGUGUGAUUAUUUUGAAUGGGUUCCAGAGGAAUUGCCAAAACAGUCUGACACCAUGGCGCCUUUCGUACCACUGUUUUACAGUCGUUAUUAUCCAGAUGCUCAGCAGAACUGA